GCCUGCCCUCUCCCAGGGCUGCGGAGGCAGGACAACCAGAGGUGAGGGGUCUCCAGAGGGUCCCCGGAGGGCCUGGGAGGGCCGGGAAGCUGUGGCGACCCCCGCCAGGCCCCACCACUGACCAGCGCGCUCCGGGAAGGGAGCCCGUCACUGCCCCCGGCAACACCCAGGACCCCAGCCGCUGGGACAACGCCUGGAGGGGAACUGACCCCCCGGACCCUCCCCCACCGGACCAGGACUCAGUGUGGACAGCAGCGCAGGGGUCAGGGGCACUGGACGCCCCCCAGCAAGACAGGAGCGCAGCCGCCUCCAGCCCUGCAGGCUUCCCCCCCUUUCCCACACCUGAAACCCCACAAUUCCAUUCGCUUCUGCGCUCUGCGGUGGCGUUUCCAGAAAGUUCCCUGACACGCCUGCAGACCCCACCACAGGGGAAGUUUGAGCAGCCACCAGCGCCCAGAGGAGCUGCCGGAGCCGUGUCCGGGGGAUGACAGAGGCCCCCACGCCAGUCCAGACUGAGGAGAGGGCCAUCCUGCCCAGAGCCCAGCCAUGGGGGGCUCCCGGGCAUUGCUUCUGCUGUGGUUCCUGGUGGUGGCAGCAGGUGGCACGGAGCACGUCUACCGGCCCGGGCGCCGGGUGUGUGCUGCCGGGAUCCCCAUCUCCGAGUCCUUCGUGCAGCGUGUAUACCAGCCCUUCCUGACUACCUGCGAGGGGCACCGAGCCUGCAGCACCUACCGGACCCUCUACCGGACGGCCUACCGCCGCAGCCCCGGGCCGGCCCCUGCCAGGCCUCGCUACACCUGCUGCCCCGGCUGGAAGAGGACCGGCCGGCUCCCAGGGGCCUGCGCGGCAGCCAUUUGCCAGCCACCGUGCCAGAAUGGAGGGAGCUGUGUCCAGCCUGGCCAGUGCCACUGCCCCACAGGGUGGCAGGGUGACACCUGCCAGACAGAUGUAGAUGAGUGCAGCACGAGGGGCGGCGGCUGUCCCCAGCACUGCGUCAACACGGCGGGCAGUUACCGGUGCCGGUCUGCGGAGGGGCCCAGCCCGGCUGCGGAAGGGACGCUCUGCCUGCCCGAGAGAGGGCCCCCCGGGGUGGCCCCCAGCCCCACGCCAGGAGUAGACACGGAGGUGGGGCAGGAAGUUCGGAGGCUGCAGUCGAGGGUGGAGGUGCUGGAGCAGGUGAGGCCGGGGCCGGGGUGCCCGGGAGCCGCUCGGGGGCGAGUCAGGGGCAGCCCAGCGCCCCGUCGUCUCGGGGGGUGUGGUUUGGGCCCCAGGACAGCUGCGGGGACCCCCAGGACAGGAGAAGCCACGCACCGGCUGCACCCCCCCCCCCCCCCGCCCCUGCCCCCCGCGCGGGCUCCGGCCCCUCUCCCGGCGCAGCAGCACCCCCUGGUGGCCGCCCAGGGCCCACCGCCGGGAGCAUUACCCCCCGGGGGAGCAGAGGGGUGGCCCCUUCCCCACCAGCCUCUGCCUCCCCCAGAAGCUGCAGCUGGUGCUGGCCCCGCUGCACGGCCUGGCCUCGCGGGCCCUGGAGAGCGGCCCCCCGGACGCCGGCGGCCUGCUGGCCCACUCCCUGCGGCAGCUGGACCGCAUCGACUCGCUGAGCGAGCAGGUCUCCUUCCUGGAGGAGCAGCUGGGCUCCUGCUCCUGCAAGAAGGAGCUGUGACCCGCCGGCCCGGAGAGCCUGUGGGAUGCCACCUGCCAGCCCCAGACUGCACGGAGCCCCCCACCCCACCCCACCCCACCCACCCCUGCCAUCAGCUGCGAGCCCUGGGCACUGCCAGUCGCCCGCCCCUCCUGCCCCUCCCUACUCGGCCUGGCAUCCCCCUGGUCUUGUGAACUAAGCCCAGACAGACCCAGCACCUGGGUGCCCGCUGCCCACCCCACCCCCCCAGGGCUGAGGGAAGGUACAAGGGCUCCCUGUCCAGGGCCUGGGGCCUGGUGGCACUGAUGGUUGCCUGCCCUAGAAGGGGACCCCAUUCUCUCAUCGUUGUCAGAAUAAAAAUGAGACUUGAGGA